CCGGAGAUGGAGGUACCGUGUGUGACUGGAUAUCUUCCAGAAUAGAGACACGAAAGCUGGAGUGGGGCUCAGCCGACGUUCCUGGCCGACACCAAUUGCUUAAAUACAUAUAUCUAAGUUCAAGUUGCUUCCCACUCCAGUGACUAUCGCGCAAUAUACCAUAUUCAAGCCAUUGCCUCCAGUCCACCCAUCCCCAACUCAGUACUACACAACUUAACGACACCCACUACAACCACGGAAGCUUCCUUGCCAUCGCUGCCCUUUCAUCUUCCAAUGCAUGGAGGCGGCUCAGCAUCCCCUGCGAAUGACGAAGAGUUGAUAGCUGACUUCGCAGCCACGGGGGAUAACCUGGUGAUUGUCGACUGGAACGGCCCUGAUGAUCCAGAUAACCCGUUCAACUGGUCCAAGGCCCAGAAGUGGUUGGUGACCUUCAUUGCUCUCUUCACCACAUUCCUCGUCCUCGCCAACGGAACCAUUAUCACCGUCGCCCACUAUGAGCUGGACCAGAGAUUCCACGUCAGCGAGGCCACGUUUGCCAACAGUUACUGGCCGGUCACCACCUGGGCGCUGGGAGGCUCCUUUUUUUCAUUGAUCAUUCUCCCGACCAUGGAAGACUUUGGCAUCCGACGCACGUUUCUGCUCACACAUUUCACCUUUAUUCUCUUCCUCAUCCCACAGGCCGUGGCCCAGAACUUCGCCACCUUAAUCGUCACCCGAUUCUUUGCGGGAGGUUGUGUCGCCGUGCUCGGCAACAGCGCUGCAAGCGUGAUCGGCAAUAUCUGGGCUAGCGAGCGCGAACGUACCAUCCCCGUGGGUCUCUGGAUUUUAGCUUACCUCGGGGGCAGCAGUAUCGGGCCCGUGCUGGGGGCGUCCAUCCUCCAGUUCCUCUCCUGGCGCUGGAUCUCAUACAUGCAGCUCAUCUGGCACGGACUACUCUUUCCCGUCGCCAUGGUGACGAUGCGUGAAUCCCGCGACCUGGUGAUCCUCAAGCAGCGAGCCAAGAAGUUGCGUGCCAAGGGCAUCAACGCAUACACCCGCCACGAAAUCCUGGCUGAGCCGAUCCUUGAUGUCCUGAAGACCAGUAUCCAACGUCCGCUCAAGAUGCUCGUCACCGAGUACGUGGUGUUCUUUUGCAUGUUGUGGUCGUCGUUCACGGUGGGCACGCUAUACCUCUUCACCCAGUCGGUCGAGCAAGUCUUUGAGGCGUUGUAUGGCUGGGACCCCGUGCAGUCGGGAUACGUGCAGGGCGCUAUUGUCAUUGGGGAGGUUCUGGGAUGGCCGUUGACGCUGAUUUCCGCGAGGCUCUAUUUCCACUCCGCGAAACCAAACCCCCAGAUGCCUGGGGUCCCGAUCCCCGAAGCACGGCUCUACAUGUCCGUCGCAGGGGCGAUCGUUGGGCUGACGGGCGGAAUGUUCGUCUACGCGUGGACCUCGGAUCCCCGUCUGCCAUGGAUCGCACCCACCAUGGGCCUGGGGAUGGUGGGGGCUGGGAGUGUAGUGGUGGUGACGGGGAUCAUGGACUACGUCGUCGACGCCUACAGCAACUAUGCGGGGAGCGCCAUGGCGUGCGUCGUGCUCGGGGAGAACACCUUCUCGGCGUUCCUGCCGCUGGCGACGAUGAACAUGUAUCAAAGCCUGGGGCUGCAGUGGGCGAGCAGUCUGUUGGGGUUCAUCAGCUUGACGCUGACCCUGGCGCCGGUGUGCAUUAUCAUCUGGGGCGCAAAGAUCCGCGCGCGCAGUCCGUUCAUGAAGGAGGCGAUGGUGCAGAAGGCACCGGCCGUCAAUGCGGAAGACGCGGAAGAUAAAAUAACUUGCUGA